CGCACCUCACCACUCGCGCUCUCUCCAAUCCUCCGCCAUGGAUCUCCAGGAGACCCAGCGUAUCCUUUCCGAAUAUCUGCACGAACUCGCGGAUCUAUUUCACCGUGUGCCUGGCUCCGCAAUCUUCCUCCGCUACGUGAAAUCCAGCUACCAAGAUGACCCAAUUCGUUCUGCCGUCGAACUUUUCCUCUUCCUCUUCGCCGUCCGAUAUCUGCUAGCGCCCAAGUAUUCGACUAAACCGGGCGUCGUACCACUCACGGAAGAUGAGAUCGAUGAUCUCGUGGACGAAUGGACACCAGAACCCCUCGUCGGGACCCCAACAACCUUGGAACAGAUGGAAGUUGAUAAGAGAACCGUGAUUGUUGGCCCCGUAGGCCCAAAAUCGAAACUGACCAACGGUCGCACUGUCACAAACCUUGGCUCCUUCAAUUUUUACAACUUCAAUACGAAUGAGUCCCUCAAGGAACAGGCAAUCCAGACACUCCGCGCCUAUGGAGUGGGUCCCUGCGGACCCCGUGGAUUCUACGGCACACAGGAUGUUCACAUGAAGACAGAAGAUGAUGUUGCGUCCUUCUUGGGGACUGCGGCUUGCAUCAUCUACUCUCAGGCCUUCUCGACUAUUUCUAGUGUUAUUCCUGCCUUCUCGAAGCGUGGAGACAUUAUCGUCGCGGAUAAAGGGGUUAGCUUUGCCAUUCGCAAGGGUAUUCAGAUCUCUCGAAGCAUUGUCCGGUGGUAUGAGCAUAAUGACAUGGAGGAUCUGGAGCGAGUGCUCGCGAAGGUCACUAAGGAGCAAGCCCGGAAGCCCUUGACUCGCAGAUUUAUUAUCACAGAGGGUCUGUUUGAGUCUUAUGGUGACAUGGCGGACUUGCCCAAGAUCAUCGAACUCAGACUCAAGUACAAGUUCCGUCUGAUCCUUGAUGAAACUUGGUCCUUCGGUGUUUUGGGACGCACUGGCCGUGGCAUCACGGAGCACCAGAACGUCGAUGCUGCCGAGGUUGAUAUGAUUGUGGGGUCACUGGCUGGUCCCCUCGUUGCUGGAGGUGGCUUCUGUGCUGGUUCAGAGGAGAUUGUUCACCACCAGCGUAUUUCCGCUGCUGCUUACACCUUCUCCGCCGCGCUUCCCGCUUUGCUCUCGACCACCGCCAGUGCCACUAUCAACAUCCUUCAGAACAACCCUGACACAGUGACACAACUUCGGGAACUCACCAAGGCCAUGCGGGCUCAGUUGGAUCCCCGGAGCGACUGGAUUUACUGCACCAGCUCGCCUGAAAACCCUAUUCUCAUCCUGGUCAUCAAGCCGGAGGUUGUGGCUGCCAAGCGACUUACACCAGACGACCAGCAGUUCUUGCUUCAAGAUGUCGUCGAUGAGUCUCUCGCCAAUGGUGUUCUAAUCACGCGGCUGAAGACCCUCGAGGACAACUUCGAGCCCAAGCAGAUUAUCCCGCCAGCCCUGAAGGUGUGCGUCACUACCGGUCUCACCAAGAAGGAGAUUGAAAAGGCAGGAACAAUCAUUCGACAUGCCAUUACCAAGGUGAUGAGCAAGAGAAAGUAAUCUCUUCCCUUGCCUCUUAGCUUCUGGUCCUGACCAGACAAUCCGAUGACUGC